UAUUGAAUCAACUUCAUCACAAUAUUAAUCGUCAACUCAAGCCGUUGACAGACCUUUAUCGUAUUUUGUGUCAUAACCGUUCAAGGCAGCGUCGCAAUUUGUGUAAAGUUUUGAAUGAUUGGGAUUUGUUACAAGAAGAAGCAGAACAUAUUGACAAGGAAUUACAGAAAUUAACCCAUGAGGAACCUAUUAUGACAGAUGAAGGUGAUUCUUACUCCUUUCAUUUGUCAUCCUGGGUUUAUCAUACAAAAUUGGAGUUACUAGAAGACAUAUUCUUUCUUGGAUUUGAACUGGAAUUGUAUGGAACUCAUGAAUUUGUGAUGAUAUAUUGGUAUAUUGAUUACUUAUUGGGUGUUCAUUAUCAGCAUUUAGAGAGAACUCACAUGCACAUUACUGAUAUAAAAUAUAAGGAUCAACAUGGAAGUUAUCGAUCAACAUCAUCACCAGCAUCUUCUGUAUCCCUACUGGUUAGCCAACAAAUGAUGAUGAUGGCAAAACAAGAUAUAUGUCGAGGGAUCCAUAGGACCAUAUCAGCACUUCAGAAAACUGGACACGUAAUAUCUCCACAGCUUGAGUUUGAUGAUGAAAGUACUAGAUUUUUGCAUAGAUUCAGAAUUUGCAGAACGUUGGGUAGUCCAACAAUACUGUCAUACAAGGAUUUCAAGGAGAUGACACAGUUUGAUAACGUUACGGCAUUAGAGCUUAUCAAUGCAUCUUUGCAAAACUUUCAGGCAGCUAGAUCUUCGAUAGAGAGUUUGUUAGCAAUGGAACCUUUGGAAUUAAAGAUGGAUUUUUGUCAUGUUAAUUUUACAAAGGAAUUACGAGAUAUGCUACGUGUAUGUAUUGCAAAUAUUGUAAAUUUGCAUAAAAUUAUUGAAGAAUAUAAACCAAUGCUUGAUCCAAAUAAUGCUAAAGAAAGUGAUAUCAUUACGACUAGUAAACCCAUACUUGAUCCGAAUAACGAUCAAGAAAGUAGUGAUACCACGACUAGUCGUAAACAGCAAAAGAAGAAACAAAAAAGUAAGAAACCAUUGCGAAAGGAUAAUAAAAUAGUAAAUUUUGAAUUUAAGUAUCAUCCUUGGUACACAGUAAUUACAUUAAAAUAA